AUGUCGGGAUCGUCAAGAUCAGAAGAUUCGUACACUGGGAGUUCCUACACUGGGAGUUCUUAUACUGGCAGCAGAACAGACUCGUUAUAUUCAGACUCGCUCUGUACAGAAGAUGAAGCAGAGGAAAUCAAGUCGGAGAAAAUUGUAGAAGAAAAACAAGCAGACACGAAAACCCAAAAAGAAGAAUCCUCUAAAAACGAAAAAUCAGAGAAAAAAGAAGAGUCGAAGCCCAAAGAACAGGAAGAACCGAAAGAAGAAUCUUCCAAUUUGAAAGAUCCUCCAAGAAAAGCUUCGAAGAAGUCGAGGAGACGAUCAAAAGACAAAGACAAGCAGAAAUCCACUUCUGAACCAGAAGUUGGCAAAGCUGGAAUUUCGCAGCCUUUCAAAUGGAGUUUUACGCUCGAUGAAGUGUACAGAAAAGCAAUUAGGUUUUAUAAAGAUAAGGAGGGCAGGGCCUUCAACUUGGCUUACGAAGAUAAGGUCAAAAUCGCUGCGCUGACCAAACAGGUGACAUAUGGACCCUGCGCGAGUUGCGAAAAGCAGCAAGAGAUCGGAUAUUUUGACUGGUUUGGCAAGGACAGACAGAAUUGCUGGAUCACGCUGGGAAAGAUGAGCAAAGAAGAGGCGAUGACGGAGAUGAUCCAUUUAGUCGACAAAUCCAUCCCUGUUUUCUCCCCAUACAUGGUCGCCCAGCAAAAAGAAAAAGAAGAAAAGGAAAGGAUACGUCGCGAAGAAGAGGAAAGAAAGCGCCUUGAAGAGCAAAGAAGACGCGAAGAAGAAGAGCGAAAGCGUCGAGAAGAGGAGGAGCGGAUCCGUGCUGAAGAAGAAGCUCGCAAGAAACUCGAGAUGGAAAAGCAGCAAGAAAAAGAGCGUGCCGCGGAAGCUGAUCGUCAAAAAAUCAUCGCCGGUCUAAACGCCCAAACCGCGGCCCAAUUCUCCCAGUACGCGGCACAGCAACAUCCGGGCGAUCGAGAGGCGCAAAAAGCGCUGAUUGAGCAUUUACAAACUCAACAUUAUGAACAGUACAUGGCGCAAUUGAGCAUUUCAGAUUGCGAUAAACCUGUUCCCGCUCCUGUUCAAGUUCCUCUUCCAUCGAAUGAAGUUCGAAUUGAACCACCAAGUCUCUGGACUCGUCCACAAAUUCGCGAACUCAAAGACCAGCUUAGAAAAGACACCGAAUCCGUCUUAACCGUCGGCCGCGGAGAAGUCGUUACUGUGCGGGUUCCUACCCACGAAGAAGGCGCAUAUUUAUUCUGGGAAUUCGCCACGGAUUCGUAUGAUCUUGGCUUUGGUGUUUAUUUUGAAUGGUCAGAUGUUACGACGCAUCAAGUGUCAAUUGCAGUGAAUGAGUCGUCCGAUGAAGAAUAUUAUCCGGACUCUGAGGAGGACGAAGAGGGAGCUACUCAUCAUGGGGAUGCUGAAAAUGGACAUAGAAGAUCUAAUCGACCCCCAACAGACGAAAUCGUGCCCGUCUACCGCCGAGAUUGCCACCAGCAAGUCCACGCUGGCUCGCAUCAAUACCCCGGCUCUGGAGUUUACCUUCUCAAAUUCGACAAUUCUUAUUCUCUCUGGCGCUCGAAAACCCUCUACUACCGAGUCUACUACACCCGUUAG